UUAUACUCUAUACAUAUCAUUUCAUACCUAGAAAUUAUUUUACAUAAAAUUAAUAACAUGAUUGUGAUUGUGCAACAUAGCUAAAAAGUUUUUUUUAAUAGAUUCAGAUAAGAUAACAUAAAGGUAUCCAAUUUACAAAACUGUUAUAAUACAGAAGAGCAAAAAGAGCAAAAUUUGAUUCUUUCCUCGUAUUUUCGCUAAUACGUCUCUAUCCAGCCCUUGUUUCCGCGUGAAAGAACAACGACGACCAAAGCACUGAAGAAUCUUUCCUUCUUCUAAUUCUUCUUUUGUUGUGUCAAAUCUGAUCUGUUCAAUUGCUAGGGUUGUUUAAAUUUUCAGCUAUGGCUUCCAAACGUAUACUGAAGGAACUCAAGGACCUCCAGAAAGAUCCUCCUACCUCUUGCAGUGCAGGUCCCGUCGGAGAGGACAUGUUUCACUGGCAAGCUACGAUAAUGGGCCCUCCAGAUAGUCCUUAUGCUGGGGGUGUAUUUUUAGUCACUAUUCAUUUUCCUCCUGAUUAUCCUUUCAAACCUCCUAAGGUUGCUUUUAGGACAAAAGUUUUCCAUCCAAAUAUUAAUAGCAAUGGCAGUAUAUGCUUGGACAUAUUGAAGGAGCAAUGGAGCCCCGCCUUGACUAUUUCCAAGGUUCUGCUUUCAAUCUGCUCACUCUUGACGGAUCCAAACCCCGAUGACCCUCUGGUUCCUGAGAUUGCUCAUAUGUACAAGACAGACAGGGCAAAAUACGAGACAACUGCCCGGAGUUGGACCCAGAAGUAUGCCAUGGGUUAAAACAUUUCCUGCGAAUGCUUGAAUUUAUGUAAAAAGAAUGAAUGUGUCUGUCCUCUACCUUCCAUCAACUCAAGUGUAGAAUAGCAUUAAACCAUGCGUCUGGAGGAAACACUAUGCAAUAUACCAAUAUUUGAAGAAAUCUGAGAAGUGUUUAUUUAUCUGCUUUAGGAUUUGUAACAUUUGGUUUCGCCAAUGUACUUCAUGUAAAAUGUUACCUACUUGAUUUCCUUAUCAGUAUCAUGAUUUGAAUUGAAGCCUGGAAACAUAUUACGAACUGCA